UAAUUUAAUAAAAGAAUUUUUAACAAAGAUUCGAAAAAUCCAAUACUUACUUUUAUACUUUAUCAUAAAAAGAACUGGGAAUACGCCAAUGGGAAGCCGUAUUUUAUGCUCUAAAAUUUUGGGGCAUGAAACUUUUGGAAUUCUAACUAUUACCGGAAAUAUACAACAAAUAAUGAAAGAAAGUAUUACGAGAGCUCGUGUUUAUGCAUCCAAGUUUAUGAAAUUAAACAAAUUCGGAGACAUAAGCAAAACUAAAUUGAUUGUUAAUUUGUUGCCGGUAACAAACCUUUAA